GUGGACAAUUUCUUCUCAGCUCAACUACCUUUUUCUUACUUCCCCGUGCUUUCCCAUGAGCAUGUAUUCUAUUCAAUAUUGCCACCAACGUUGAUUUUUCCUCAAAAAUCAGUCAGUCAACGUAAAGACAGGCAAUACAAAUAAAUCAGCGGCGUUAUCCAAUGUCGUUUAUGUGCAAUGGGACUCACGCGCUCCUAUAAGGUUGGUAAAAACACGGCAGCUACCCACUGUCGGCAAACCGCGGAUCGAGAAGAACCCAGCAGCUGGCGAUAAUCUCAACAAUGCCACCUUCCAGUGCUACGACUGCCGUCUCCACAGCCUACUCCGUAUUUCUUUUCCUUUCCUUUCUGCUCCUCCUGCGCUCCGCCCGAGUCACUCCCACGCUCGCCUACCUCUGUGGCAGCGACGCGAAAAACGAAACCGAGUUCUCCCCAAACAGCACAUACCAAUCCAAUCUCAAUUACCUCCUUUCUAAAAUUUCCUUCGACGACUCCACCCACAACAGGCCCUUCCGAUGCACUGCCGUCGGCGUCGACGACUCCAAUCCCCACGCCGUCUACGGCCUCUCGCUCUGUCGCGGCGACGUCGCCACAGACGUCUGCCAAGAGUGCGUUGACACAGCCAGAGUAGAGAUCGUCCGCACAUGCGCAAGGGUGAGGAGUGCCAUAAUCUGGUACGACGAGUGCAUGUUGCGUUACUCCGACCAAUAUUUCUUCCCCAACGACAUUUUCUCCAUCCAGUUUAAUUCGUCCAAGUCCAUCGCUAUGCUGAAUACCGGGAACAUCACGGAUCCGAAUCGAUUUGCGCAGUUGCUUAACGACACGAUGAGCAAGAUAGUGACGCGUGCGGCGACGGACCAAUCGCCUCCGGAAAAGUUUGCGACAGCAGAAGCCAACUUCUCUGGGUUUCAGACGCUGUACACGCUGGCUCAGUGCACCCCGAAUAUGUCGUCGUCCGAUUGUCGUGGGUGUUUGGGAGAAGCCGUAGCGAUGCUCGCCGAUUGCUGCGGCGGGAAGCAAGGGGGAAGGGUCCUGAGGAUCGCAUGUUAUGUGAGGUUCGAAAUGUACCCGUUUUAUAACGAGAGCGUGGGUGCGGCGGCACCUGCGUCUGCCCCUGGACCAAUCAUCCCUCGUCUUCUUCCCCCAGGUGUGGCUGCAAGCCCUAGAGAGGAUGGAGACAAAAGCCAAGAUGUUCAAUUGCCCGACCUUGGAGUAGGAAGAUUAAUGGGGGUUGGCUGCUCAAGAGAAAAUUUUCAAGAAAACAAUCAAAUGAAAUUUGAAGAUUUUCCAGUGAUCCAAUUAGAUCUCAUAUGCACGGCAACACAAAAUUUCUCCAAUGAAAAUAAGAUUGGAGAAGGUGGCUUUGGUCCAGUAUACAAGGGUUUGUUAAUGGAUGGCAAGGAAAUAGCAGUCAAGAGGCUAUCAAGAACUUCUGGCCAAGGACUAAAAGAGUUCAAGAAUGAAGUUAAUUUGAUUGCUCGACUACAACAUAGGAAUCUUGUGAGGCUUUUGGGUUGCUGCUUUGAGGCAAAGGAGUUGCUACUCAUCUACGAGUAUAUGCCGAACAAAAGCUUAGACUUCUUCCUCUUUGACUCAACAAAAGUCGUACAUCUAGAUUGGAAAAUAUGCCUCAACAUUAUUAAUGGAAUUGCCCGAGGCCUUUUGUAUCUUCAUGAGGAUUCUCGUCUCAAAAUUAUUCAUAGAGACCUCAAAGCUAGUAAUAUUUUGUUAGAUUAUGAGAUGAACCCAAAGAUAUCUGACUUUGGAAUGGCAAGGAUUUUUUGUGGGAACCAAAAUGAAGCUAAUACAAACAGAGUGGUUGGAACAUAUGGAUACAUGGCCCCAGAGUAUGCCAUGGAAGGACUAUUUUCAAUUAAAUCUGAUGUCUUUAGUUUUGGAGUUAUCAUACUUGAGAUAGUAAGUGGAAAAAGGAAUGGUGGAUUUCAUCUAUCUGAUACUGGUCAAAGCCUACUUACCUAUGCAUGGAAUUUGUGGUCUGAGGGCCGAGGAUUGGACUUGAUGAACUCGAUACUAGUACAAUCAUAUGUGGCAACUGAAGUAUUGAAAUGGAUUCAUAUUGGAUUGUUGUGUGUCCAAGAAGACCCAACUGAUAGACCCGCAAUGUCAUCUGUAGUAGUUAUGUUGGCAAGUGAUGCCUUGACACUCCCUCAACCAACAAAACCUGCAUUUUCUGUUGGGCGAGAUUUCAUGAGAUAUGUUCAUUCACAACCAAGUAAUAAAGUGGGUUCUAUUAAUGAAGUAACUUUUUCAAGUGUAUUGCCUCGAUGACCAUGCUUAAAAUUGCUUUUGAAAGUACAAUUUUCAAUUUGUCUGAAUCUUUAUAAAUCCAAAUUCCAAACUCAAAGUUCAAGCUUCCACAUAUGGGGAAAUAAUUUCUUCCUCUGUUGUAAAGAUUCAGAGACUUAUAUUAUCAUGUAUGGGCUAGUCAAUGUUGUUUACAA